AUGGGGAAGAUCACCUUCUACGAGGACCGCGGCUUCCAGGGCCGCCGCUUCGAGUGCAGCAGCGACCACCCCAACCUGCAGCCCUACCUCAGCCGCUGCAACUCCAUCCGCGUGGACAGCGGCUGCUGGAUGCUGUAUGAGCGCCCCGACUACCAGGGCCCCCAGUACUUCCUGCGGCGCGGCGACUACCCCGACCACCAGCAGUGGCUGGGCCUCAGCGACGCUGUCCGCUCCUGCCGCCUCAUCCCCCAGCAUAGCAGCUCCCACAGGAUCAGACUGUACGAGAGGGAGGACUGCAGAGGCCAGAUGGUGGAGAUCGCGGAGGACUGCUCCUCUCUCCAGGACCGCCUGCACUUCCAGGAGGUCCACUCCUGCAGCGUGCUGGAGGGCUGCUGGGUCCUCUACGAGAUGCCCAGCUACCGGGGGCGGCAGUACCUGCUGCAGCCGGGGGAAUACAGGCGCUCCCACGACUGGGGGGCCGCCAGCGCCCGGGUGGGCUCCCUGAGGAGGGCCACGGAUUUCUACUGA